AUGGACACGGAGCCCCCGCACCGGUGGGCUCGGGUGGCCGAGCCUAGCGCGGUGCCACCGGGAGCUGCUCUAUCGCUAGAGAUUCUCCCCAGGGCCCUUUCCUGCGCUGUGCUGCUGCUCCUGCUCGUCGCCGUGCUGGGCCGAGGCAAGCGGUGCAGCAUCGCCAAAAUCCUGCGGCAGUACCGCGCCGUCAUCUUCCACGAGAUCCAGAACCUGAAAAACCUCAGCGGGUCGGCGGAGAGGAGCAGCCGGGCAGGGCUGGCUUGCCGUUCGGACAAGGACCAGAAGAUCCUGCUGGCCAUCUACAACAUCAGCAUGUCCCUGCGGGACGUGGUGGGGGGCACCCUGCGUGGCCCCGAGGAGGUGGCGGUGUGGAAGGUGGCCAGGAACACGGAGUUCGUGCUCAGGGAGAACUGCAGGAGAAUCGGCAAGAGCCCACCCCGCGCCCCGGCACAGCCCCGAGGCAGGAGGAAGCAGCUGAAGGAGAUCGCGAGGAAGGCGCAGCGGCUGGCGACGUGCUGGGAGAAGCUCUACGCGCUGCACGGGCCCCCACGGGGCUCCUAGGCUGCCGCGGGGACCUCCCCUCACCUCGUCCCCACGGCCAGGGGGACCGCAGAGGC